GUUGAAGGCAGCCAGUUUGAAUGGCACAAACUUCAGGUAGCUUUGUUGUCAUUCAGAAGGACGACGAGAGCUCCACGACCAAACCAUCCAGCUCAGGGAACAAAACUCCACUAAUAUUAUGGGUCUUACUCAUGAUUCUUAAGACGCAAAGCUUGACUGUGGCCAAAUUUUAACUACUCUUAAUAAGAUGGUGCGUAGCACCUGGCUUUUUUAUGUUAAGACUGACAGUAAGUUCGCUGCACUAACGGUCUGUUUCAGAUUUAGUGCUGCAAUUAUAACUCAAUAGACAUCGAUUUGGCACACAAACAAUUAAAUAAAAACCUUAAUUUCGUCCUUGUCAUAUGCACUAAUUUCCAACAUCUCUACUUCUAUCUUUAUCAUGGGUAGAUAGUUUUUUGGUGUGUUCGUUUGACAAGAUUUAUCCUCCCGAUGGCUUUUAUUUUCCAAAAGGUUAUAAUAUAACAUAAAUAAUAAAAAAUAACACUCAGUACAGCAGAUGUCUUUUCUGUUCAAAAUAGUGUACAUUAACAGUAAAACAUGCUGUCGUUCGACCGAAUUCUCACUAGGGGGAAGGGCCUGGUCGAUUUCCCGCUCUGUUCAAAGUAACGAAUGUGUAUCUUUGCAUUAAAAACGGAUAUUCGUAAUACAUAGUGAUAUUGCGUUCAAACAAAGACUCCUAAAAUUCUCGCUUUCUUUAGUCUUAAUACCUGGUCAUCUGAGUAAGAAUGUCUACAAAGGCUAGACGCCGUCUUAUGAACGAUUUCAAGAAAAUUCAACUUGAUCCCCCUCCUGGUGUAUACGCUGUUCCACUUGAUGACAACAUAAUGAAAUGGCAUGCAAUUAUUUUGGGGCCGGAUGGCACAGCAUUCGCAGACGGUAUAUUUCGGCUAACAAUGGAGUUCACCGAGAACUAUCCUAACGUCCCACCGAUUGUGCGAUUCGUUUCCAAAAUGUUUCAUCCUAAUGUGUAUAGUGAUGGUAGUAUAUGUUUGGAUAUAUUGCAAAACAUGUGGUCUCCGUCAUAUAACAUUGGAGCAAUAUUAACAUCAUUACAAUCACUUUUGGGGGACCCGAACCCCAACUCUCCUGCAAAUACGACAGCAGCAGAAUUAUUUGAAGAAGACAAACGCCAGUAUGAAACACAAGUCCGAGCCAUUGUUGAGGAAUCGUGGCGAAACGAUGAACCUGUUGAUUGACUUAGUACUGUAUUUGAGCACUUGAUUUAUGUACUUGUAAAUAAUAUUAAUUUCUGAAGUGUACCAGUUCUUAUAACAUAAUGUAUGAAUAACAUAUUAUCUAAGACGUAGUUUACGUACACUGUUAUUUUUAAUAUUACAAUUUAUGAAAUCGC